GUCAAAUAUCCACAGCUUGAGUUCCUGCUGUCCCAGUCCUUCAUUUCCUCAUCAUGGCGCUGUGGCGGGCUUCUCUGAAACAAUAUGUCGCACCAUUAUCAUGGACACCAUCUAGUCCACUUCCAUAUACCUGGCUAAGUGUCGCUUGUACCUUCCUGGCCAUGCCAUAUCCCUGGUAUGCUAGAGCUCAAUACAAUAUUGAACUCAUAGUGUGCUUUGAGGCUCUAUGUAAGCGCAACUGUCUUUUGUUCACGAGUUCUGUAGUUGAAUAGCUUCCACAUUCUUCUAGACAGCCAGGUCAACCUGUCGUUGACUGUUCCACCCUCG